CCAAACCAAAGACCUAAGCCGACAGCCUUCAACAUACGACAUCACACAUUACACCUCAAAACAGCGACUUUCCAAAGCCAUCAUUCGAUCGCUUCCCAUAACCGACGACCCAGUCCUUCUCAUGCGCACCUAAAGAGCGACUGCCCUCCGGGGAACGUCAUCAUCUACCAUGGCCGUCGUCCAGUCCACGCUGCGCCAUACAGUCGCCGAAGCCUUCAUCGAGAAAUGGACACACAUAUUGCGCUCCCGGCUAGGCCGUACCUCGCGUCUCGCGCGCAUCACCGCAACGCUCUCGCUCCUCAUAUCCAUCAUCCUCGGCGCCGAGGGCGGACGCAGGUGGUGGAAGAAUCGACGGCAUGAGCGCGAGCAAGGGCGGAAGCUAGUCAGGACAAACUCGUGGCUACACAACAAAGAUGGGUCCAGGACGAUUUAUGUCCCGUACAAGGACGGCACGACCAAAGUUGUGAUCAAUACGACCAAGCCCUUGACGUUUGAGGCGCAUAGACGGCUGUUCCUGAACCCUCCGCGCGUGUCAGGGUUGGGAGAUGGAACGGUGCCGUCGGCGCAGACCAAGCCGGGACUCAACUUAGCAUUUCUGCACCAGUUCCUGAGCUUGAUGAGCAUCAUGCUGCCGAGAUGGUCGAGCAAGGAGGCAGGGCUGCUGAUUAGCCACGGAGUGUUCCUCAUGCUGAGGACCUAUUUGUCUCUGGUUGUUGCCCGACUAGACGGUGAGAUUGUGCGUGAUCUUGUAGCAGGAAACGGUAGACAGUUUCUCUGGGGCAUCAUAAAGUGGUGUGGUCUCGGUGGCUUCGCCUCCUACACGAAUGCCACAAUCAAAUUUCUCGAGUCCAAGGUAUCCAUCGCCUUCCGGACGCGACUGACGAGGUAUAUCCAUGAUCUCUACCUCAACGACAACCUGAACUACUACAAGCUCUCCAACCUGGACGGUGGCAUUGGACAAGGCGCCGACCAGUUCAUUACGCAAGACCUAACACUUUUCUGUGCAUCGGCAGCGCAACUCUAUUCAUCCCUCGGAAAGCCAUUUGUCGACCUUUGCGUCUUCAACUUCCAGCUGUACCGAUCACUCGGCCCCCUGGCCUUGACGGGAUUGCUGAGCAACUACUUCCUCACAGCCAGCAUCCUGCGAAGGCUGUCUCCGCCCUUUGGCAAACUCAAGGCGGUCGAGGGUCGCAAGGAGGGCGACUUCCGAAGUCUGCAUGCCCGUCUCAUUGCCAAUGCCGAGGAAGUUGCCUUUUACGGUGGCGCCGAGAUGGAGAAGACCUUUCUCAACCGCGAGUUCAAGUCGCUGAAGACUUGGAUGGAGGGUAUCUACAUGCUCAAGAUCCGCUACAACAUCCUUGAAGACUUUAUUCUGAAAUACAGCUGGAGUGCCUACGGUUAUCUACUCGCCUCGUUGCCCGUCUUCCUACCAGCCUGGGGCGGCAUUGGCGGGGCUGCCGAGAUGGCAGCUGGAGCGGCCAAGGGCGGCCGGGAGCGCAACCGAAUGAGGGAGUUCAUCACGAACAAGAGACUCAUGCUCUCGCUGGCCGACGCCGGCGGUCGCAUGAUGUACUCCAUCAAGGAUCUCUCCGAGCUGGCAGGCCACACGAGCCGGGUGUACACCUUGAUCUCGACCUUGCAUCGUGUGCAUGCCAACGCCUACUACCAGCGCAAGGGGCAAAACGAGCUUUACUCUGCGUCUGACGUGCAAGGGACCAUCCAAAAGGGAUUCGACGGCGUGCGAUUUGAGCAUGUCCCCGUUGUUGCCCCUGGACUGUGGCCACAGGGCGGCGAAGAGCUGUUGGAGUCGCUGUCCCUCAUCGUUCGCAGUGGCGAGCAUCUCCUCAUCUCCGGGCCCAACGGCGUCGGCAAAAGUGCCAUUGCGCGCAUCCUCGCAGGCCUGUGGCCCGUCUACCGCGGUCUCGUCAGUCGCCCCAAGAACAUUGGCGAAGAUGGUAUCAUGUUCCUGCCCCAGCGCCCCUAUCUCAGCCCCGGCACUCUUCGUGAUCAGGUGAUCUACCCCGAUGGCCACCACGACAUGCGUCAGAAGCGCAAGAGCGAAGACGACCUCAAGCGUGUCCUGGAGGAAGCCAAGCUCGGCUACUUGCCCGACCGCGAGGGUGGCUGGGACACGCGCAAAGAAUGGAAGGAUGUGCUGAGUGGUGGCGAGAAGCAGAGGAUGGGCUUUGCACGUCUACUGUACCAUGAGCCGCAGUACGCGAUCAUCGACGAGGGCACCAGUGCCGUCUCGAGCGACGUGGAAGGUCUGCUGUAUGAGACAUGCAAGGAAAAGGGCAUCACCUUGAUCACGAUCUCGACGAGGGCCUCGCUGAAGAAGUACCACACGUACAACCUGAUCUUGGGCCAGGGUGACAACGGCGACGAGUGGGAGUUUGAGCGCAUCGGCACGGAGCGGGAGAAGCUGCAGGUCGAGAAGGAGCUGCAGGAGCUGCGCGAGAGGCUGUCCAAGGUGGAUGAGUGGAAGACGAGGAGAAGUGAGAUUGAGGCCGAGCUUGCGGCCGUGUGGACGGAGGCGGGCGAGUCUCUGGAGGCGCCCUCGUACGCUAAGGACGACGCAGGCGAAGGCGCUGAGGGUGAGACCGAGGGCCAAGAGACGCAGACAGAGGGCGACAGGACCGAGACGGAGGGCGAGACCGCGUCAUCAUACAAGGCAGGGAGCGAAGGUGUAGAGGUUGAGGCAGUGGACGCCUGAUCAGUUGAUGACUUUGGGCGUGGGGGGAAUGCCAUGGUAGAACAAGCUAUCUACAUGUAGCUAUGCGACAGCUGUUGAAGAACGACUGGCAGUGAUUUAUUCUCUGGUACAAGGAUCAAUACCCGAUGCCACUAUGGACAGGCAGGC